GUUAUCUAUUUGUUUAUUAGGGAUAUGUUAUUAUUUUUAUUAGAAAACAAGACAGCGUGAGGUGGAGACAUGCAUGCAAGAUCAAAUUGAAGUCAUAUAUAUUUACGUAACAAGUUUACUUGAACCCCAUGCAAGUCCCAUGCACUCAAACCCUUCUAUAUAAACCCCUCCAAGUUCAUCAUCCAGUCAUAAUCAAAUUAGCCAUUACACAAACUACAAAGUCUCUCAACCAUGGCAGUUCCAAAAGCUCACUACUCUCUAGCCAUCCUUGUCAUUCUCUUUGUCGUUUCAAAUUGCCAAAAUGCCUGCAAUCCAGAAUGCAAGGCUAAAGAACCCUUCAACUGCGAUAAUUCUCUUACCUUCAACCGAACUGGAUUUCCAAAGAACUUUACUUUCGGUGCAGCUACUUCCGCGUACCAGAUUGAGGGUGCUGCACAUAGAGCCCUUAAUGGAUGGGACUACUACACUCAUAGAUAUCCAGAAAGGGUUCCAGAUCGCAGCUCCGGAGACGUUGCUUGUGAUUCGUAUGAUCUUUACAAGGAGGAUGUCAAAUUACUGAAAAGAUUGAAAGUUCAAGCAUACCGACUCUCCAUAGCCUGGUCAAGGGUCUUACCAAAGGGAAGACUGACUGGAGGAGUGGACGAGAACGGGAUAGCAUACUACAACAAUCUCAUUAACGAGUUAAAAGCUAAUGGCAUAGAGCCAUUUGUGACUAUAUUUCAUUGGGAUGUUCCCCAAACUCUAGAAGACGAGUACGGAGGCUUCUUAAGCCCGCGUAUAGUAGAGGACUUCAAGAACUAUGCGGAGCUUCUAUUCCAAAGAUUCGGAGACAGAGUCAAGUUUUGGAUCACUCUAAACCAGCCUUACUCUCUCUCAUCCAAAGGUUAUGGAGAUGGAUCAUAUCCACCGGGAAGGUGCACUGGCUGUGAAUUUGGAGGUGAUUCUGGAACCGAACCUUAUAUAGUCACGCAUCACCAACUUCUAGCCCAUGCAGAAGCUGUAUCUUUAUACCGAAAAAGAUAUCAGAAAUUUCAAGGUGGUAAGAUAGGAACGACCUUGAUCGGGAGAUGGUUUGCCCCGCUAAACGAAACUAGCGAUCUCGACCAGGCUGCUGCAAGACGAGCAUUCCAAUUCUUCGUUGGAUGGUUCUUGGAUCCAUUGGUGUACGGAGAAUAUCCAACGAUAAUGAGAGAACUCGUUGGAGACAGAUUGCCAAAAUUCACACCGCAAGAAUCAGAUUUAGUUAAGGGAUCACUUGAUUUUCUAGGGCUGAACUAUUAUGUUACACAAUAUGCAAGCGACGCAUCUCCUCCUCCUCAGACACACCCUAGCGUCUUAACCGAUCCACGAGUUACUCUUGGAUAUUAUCGCAAUGGAGUACCUAUCGGUGUUGAGUCUCCAAGCUUUGUCUACUAUCCUCCAGGGUUUCGUCAGAUUCUAAAUCAUAUCAAAGACAACUACCAAAACCCACUUACCUACAUCACCGAAAACGGAGUUGCUGAUUAUGGAAACUUAACGGUAUCAAAUGCUCUUGCCGAUAACGGACGAAUUCAAAAUCAUUGCAGCCAUCUUUCAUGUCUCAAAUGCUCCAUCGAGGAUGGUUGCAACGUAGCAGGUUAUUUUGCUUGGUCAUUGAUGGACAAUUAUGAAUUUGGAAAUGGUUACACUCUCCGGUUUGGUAUGAAUUGGGUCAAUUUCACUAAUCCUGCUGAUCGAAGAGAAAAAGAUUCUGGGAAAUGGUAUUCUAGGUUCGUGGCAAAAUAAGGGGAAUUGAUAGACAAAUAUCAACCCCAUAUGUAUCCAACCUUUAAUCCACUAAGUACUGGACAAUAUAAAUUAUGUUCUUCAACUUAUAAAAGCUUAUGUGCUGUGUGUUGUUAAUAAUGUUGUAAUAGUUGGACCUUAACUCUUGGCCAAAUCAUAAAUAUAUAAAAACAUUUAUAUGACGUGCGUUGUACUUA